UCGGAAGCCGGCCACACGAAGCAGAGAGAGAGAGGCAGCGAUACCUCGAAGCGCACUCGGAUCAGCGUAAUGGCUUCGUGCGGACCCUCGCUGAUUAUUCUUGUGGUCGUUUACCUGCAAGGGGGGACUGCCAGUCUAAUAAAGGACACUGGGUUAUCGAGGAAUGUUGGUCUACGGAAGUGUCAGUACAAUAGCUUCUUGUACAAGAAGAACGCGGUGGUAGAGAGCCUCCCCGAAGUCUGCGCGCGGCUGGUGUGCAGGAUGAAGCGCAAGAGACCGCAAGUGAUCCUGGAACCCGUCGAAGGAUGCACGUGCUCUCGCUCCGCUUCAAGGACUCCGAAGGUCGAAUCCGAACCUGAAGGCGGCGCCGUAGAAUCCGAUGCCUUCUACGACACCGGCGCAAAGGCGGCUGGGAAGUGCUGGUUCAACAGGAGGUGGAGCGUUAACAGCACCGUCGCCAUUUUGGAGGACCACUGCGUCGAGAUCGCGUGUGUUUACGAUGAGGUCGCCAGGCGGGCGGUGCUGCAGGCGCGCUUCCUCCCUGGCUGCGAGUGCGGCGAACUUACGACCGCGCUAGCAACCGAACCCCAGACUAACCCACCUACCGAACCCCUCACCAACCCGCCCACAAAACUCCUCACCAACCCGCCCACCGAACCCCCAACGACGCCCGCGGCUUGUGACUACGCCCAGUUCUCCGCCGAACACUCGAUGCUGUUACGUCCCAACCUCGAGUGUAACGCCCACAGGACCGGGGUUUCGGAGGCGCAGAAACAGGAGAUCCUGGAAGUCCAUAAUACCCUAAGGGCGAAGGUGGCUCGCGGAGAGGAAAUCGAAGGAGACGCAGGUCCUCAGCCUUCAGGAGCCGACAUUAGGGAGCUGGUGUGGAAUGACGAACUCGCGCAGGUGGCUCAGGCGUGGGCGGAGCAAUGCCAGGGCGGCCACGACGGAUACGCCAAGAGGAGGAUCUGUUCCCGAAAUUACGCCGUCGGUCAGAACGUCUUCAGGAAGUGGGGCCAAAAUCCCGACCCCGUAUGGACCGAAGCUAUCCAGUCGUGGUAUAAAGAGGUUGCCAAUAUGCCUAAUACCUACGUGGAUAAAUUCUCCGGUAGUCCCCCGUCUGGGAAGAUGAUCGGUCAUUAUACACAGCUGGUCUGGGGAGCGACGAACGAAAUCGGAUGCGGCGCCGUAGAGUUUUCGAGCAUUAAGAGCAGCCAAACGUAUUCGGAGAGUAAGAUUUACGUCUGUAACUACGGCAGAAACGGCAACAGCAUUAACUCCCCCGUCUACACUAGAGGUCCUACGGCAUCGCAGUGUAGCGCAGGAACUUCCACUCGGUAUCCAGGACUCUGCUUGUAGGAAAGGCAUUCGUGAUGUUGCGUAAAAUGAAUAAAGUUUCGGAUGGAUUAGUUUAAAAUUUUCUUUGGAUUUUGUAAUAGAUGAUAGUGUGUAUAUUUAUGAUGACAUGUGAUUUUUUUAGUAUUAUUAUUAUUUAAGUUAUUUUGAUGCUAUUUCAUAAUGAUACUGGUAAAAAUGAUAAUG